CUUUUUUGUUCGGAACAGAAACACAAUGGGUAACUAACAACAUCACAUCCGCUUCCAUCUAUCGCUGUAAUGACCCAGUCAUCCUUAACACCCUUUUUUACAGGUGCGACCGGUGUUGACUCUCCAACUGACCUACCGGUCAAGCAACUGAGUCUUUUAGCCCUAGUGUUUCAAAACAGUGCCGUAACGCUUAUAAUGCGCUAUACUGUAGCAGGCUUAACAAAAGAAGAGCGAUAUCUCCCUUCCAUGGUGGUUCUGCUUAGCGAAUUAUUGAAAUCUUUUGUUUGCGUAUCUAUCCUCGCACUAUACCUGCCCGAAAGGAACUUUACCUCCCUCAAAAGAGUCUUAUACCGAGAGCUCAUUGGCAACCAUAGAGAAAUGCUAAAGCUCUCUAUACCCGCACUACUCUAUUUGAUACAGAACAAUCUCCAGUUCAUUGCUUCGUCGAAUUUAGACCCAGCAACGUUUCAAGUCACUUAUCAACUUAAAAUCUUGACAACUGCCUUAUUCAGCGUCAUGAUGCUUCAAAAGACGCUUAAUCCUUUGAAGUGGAUUUCACUGGUGAUGCUUACCAUUGGAAUUGGUCUUGUUCAGGUGUCGACAAACACGUCUGGUCCUGCCGAUGAUGGUCAGAACAAUGUUCAGGGACUGGUGGCGGUUCUGUCUGCUUGCAUUCUUUCCGGAUUGGCUGGAGUGUAUUUUGAAAAGCUGUUAAAAGCUCCCAACAACCGUGGAAAAUUGGACGAUCUCCAGGAAAAAGGAAAGGCAAAUGGCAUUGCCUUGGUGCCUGAGGAUGCACAGCUCUGGGUCAGAAGCUUACAACUGUCAGUGUGGUCCACGUUUCUAGCUCUAUUUCUGACCGUGAUCUGGAAAGACGGGAAGGAAGUUUUGGAAUAUGGACCGUUCCGAAACUUCACUCCUGUUGUGUGGUUAUUGGUUGCUGUUCAUGCCCUUGGAGGCAUCAUUGUUGGCAUUGUGGUCAAGUAUGCCGACAAUAUUCUCAAAGGAUUCGCUACCAGCGUGUCUAUCCUCCUCUCCACAGCCCUGUCGGUACUGUUGAUGAACUUUGCCAUUACUGGCGUGUUUUUGAUAGGCACAUUUUUGGUAGUUUCUGCUACUUAUCUGUAUAGUUUGUAAUAAUGUUUGUGAUUCAUACAACGUGAUAAUAUACCGUCCUGUAAACGCUGCUAGGAAGAUGAGUUGAAUCACCUAUACAUACAUUCAUCGCCAAAUGAUCCCCUUUGGCGAUGAAUACAUGUAUCCUUUUCCACAUUGAUUGAGUUCUGUGGUGCGUUUGCACAGCAGACAAGAAAAACUCUUGGCAAGUGGAAAUAGAUCUAAUUCUAAGUCAAACUGCUCGAGAACAAGCGUUGGUCAGUGACGAGACCAAUUGUCUAUCUGAGACUCACAAUGAUUGAAAGAAGCGUUCCCGUUUUCGAUCGAUGAAAUUUUCAUGACGCAGCCCAACG